CUCUGGGUUGUACAACUUGAGAUGAUAUCUACAGCAUCAGAGGUUUUAUCAACUAAACCCUUAACUACCCUCGUCUACUGCCCCUUCGAUACUCCUUGAAGUUGUACGAUAGCUUCCUUUAAGCUUUUCCUAUCACCAACGACCUUCCACUCUUAAAAUGGCCGUCACACUACCAGAAGAAAUCGCCAAUGCCCUCAUCCGCGGGGCCCUCCUUGGUGCUGGCGAAGCCUUUGGAGCCAAUAGUCUCGAUCUAGUCCAACCAGAAAUCAAGGAUACUCUAGCUAAGCCCACGCUGAACAACACUUGUGUCUUCUACAUGACGGGAAAGCCGGGUACAGCUGACAGCAGCGUUGUCAACAUCAACGGCUGGCUCAAAUGCGGCGAUCAAUCAAGCCUUCUUGGAUCCUGGAUCAACGUGCCCGCAAACAUGGAUCUCAAAAUGACGGACCCGCGUGUCGGCGACAUAACAGUGAACUUCCAACCCAGCAAAUUCCCGACCUUUCCCUGGCCGGGGGACGCCAUCAUCUACAACGCCGCGUGGACCGACUACCAAUUCGAUAAAGCCGUCGGUAUCGACAACUGCAUCCGCGACUCCGGACGUGGCGGAAUUGUUGGCAAGGAUUGCUACAACAAGAACAUUGUUGUGAGAGUCUGUACCGAAGGAUUCGCCGACGGUUCAUACGGUGUCAUCAACGACCAGAACAUCAUUAACCAUGGUUGGAUAUACACGAUGGCGUUGCCAGUACAGGGCGUGAAUCCCGGGUGUCCGAAUGCACCGGCGAAGGUGAAGCGGACGCUAAGUCGGUUUGAAGUACCGGAGUAGAGGGAGUGAUG